AUGCCUGAAGAAACUAGUGAUACGUAUUAUAACUAUGAUGAUUACAUUCAUUUUAAAUCAAAAUUCGAAGAUCAGGACAGUGUUUCAAUUGAUAUUGAAAUUAUAAAAAGAAAUUCGGUUAUUGAUACUAUAAACGAACAUGUACGAGAUGCCCUUACACAUCAAUGCCAUAAACUAAAAGAAUUUUUAUUAUAUAUUGAUAGUAAUGAUAAAAAUAAUCUCACUAAGUGCUGUAGUUAUAUUAAUUACCAUCUUACUAAUAAAAUUCAAGGCUCUGUAUAUAAACAAAAAGAAGAUACAUUUGCACAUUUCAAGAAGUUUUUGCAGUAUGAUCCCGAACUUAAGAGUAAUGUAUGUACAUCCCAAAUGAAAUACUUGGACGAUGGAAUAUAUAAAAAAAUGAAGCUAUUGUAUAACCUUUAUGAUAGCUAUGAAGUUCUUAAUUAUAAAAUUGAUUCAAAAAAUGAUACACAUUUUUGCACAGAAUUUAAUGAUUUAUUUACAGAUUACAGUAAAAUUAUAGACGCAUAUAAAAUAUCUGAUAGUAAAUUUUUAUUUAUGGAGUUAAAAAAUAUUAAAUGUUUAAUUGAAAAGAAUAAAUUAAUGUCUAAAAGAAAUUGUGAAAAAAAGAUAUCAGAUUUAACCUUACCCAAAGAAGGGGACGGAGAUUUUCUGAAACCCUGCAAAGAAAUCGAUGAAGGAGAACAACCAAAAAAUAGAGUAUCAGAACAAGUAAUCACUGGAGUAUCAGGACAAGAAGGCACUGAACCAUUAGCACAACAUAAGACUGAUAGAGCUCCAGAAGAAAUAACUGGAGAAUUAGCAGAACAAGGAAAAAGACUUAUAGUAAAUGGAAGAGAAGAAUUAUCCUCUGAAAUGCAUCCCAGUUCAUCAGGUACUUAUCCAGAUGUAGGCUUUCAGGAAAUGAGAAGUAUGGAAGCUCCUCCAGAAGAUUCUCCCCCUACUGUAACAUCCAAAACUAUAGCUACUACUGCCUCAGUUGCAGCAAUAUUUGUUCCAUCUUAUCUGAUGUACAAAGUAAAUAUGAUCAUGAUUGAAAAAUUGAAUUUUACACCUACUAGGUCUUUAAUAAAUAAAUUACUAGGAAGGAAAACAAAUAUAGGAUACAAUAAUAUAAGAGAGUCAGAUUUAAUGGAUAAUUUUCCCCAUACUGAACAUUUUAAUUACGAGAGAAAUAAAUAUAAUAUAUCGUAUCGACCUGCAUAA